AUGAAGCACUCAAAACUACCAAGCCCCGGGAUGGCAAGGGCCAAUCAGCGGAGAGAUAGUUCGCUCAACCCACAGGCUCGCAUCGCCGACUUUUGGUCCAAAGCACACACUACGACUCCAGGGAAAAUCACCUCAAUUUUCCCAGUAAGCCUCUAUCAUGGGCUUCUAGUUGACGAAACCUGUCACCUCAAGCCCUUCGAUACUGCCCCAAGCUACGAAAGAGCCGCUCAACAAUGCCGCGCUCAAAUCCACGCGAUAGUAGAACAGUGUGAGCAUGCCAACUCCAAGUUCAGCGACCCUGACUUCGACAUUGAGGCCGAUUUUCAUUCAGGCAUCAACAGCUGCCUGUUCGGCCUCGUGGAAAGUUGUGAACAUAAUGGCAGUAGUCGGGGCUUUAAAAAAUCGGCUUUUGCAGGGUACACCCCAACGCUGGUCUCACGCAAUCUCGCCAGGGCCACUGGCGAUGACAUAUCCCUUCCAGGGUCAGUCCAUCGCAUCUCUUGGAUUUUUGACAAUCCACGCUUCACUGUUAAUGGAUUUUCCGGUUCAGAUAUCCAACAGGGGGCGAAUGGCGAUUGCUGGUGGCUGGCGGCACUUGGGGCCAUCGCUCACCGGAAUGAUCUUAUGGAGAAGAUAUGUGUAGCACGAGAUGAGGAGGUUGGUGUGUACGGUUUUGUUUUCUGUAAAGAUGGAGAAUGGAUCUCAACCGUGGUCGAUGAUAACCUGUAUCUUGCUGAGCAGGAUUUUGAUGCAGGCAUGUACGACGCUACGGGAGAGAAGGCCCAACUUCACAGAAGGCAGAAGCAGAAUGGAUCAAAGGCUCUCUUCUUUGCUAAAUGCAGAGAUCCAAACGAGACGUGGCUUCCAUUAUUAGAGAAAGCGUUUGCCAAAGUUCAUGGUGACUACCAAGCCUUAGAUGGAGGAUGGGCUAGUCUGGCAAUGGAAGACCUCACUGGCGGUAUCACGACCAUUAUCGCAAGUAGCAGUAUUCUCCACAAGGAACGCCUUUGGCGUGAGCUCCUCUCCUCUGGUACUCAGUCCGGAGAGUUUGUUUUUGGCUUGUCCAGUGGUGCUGGCGAGGAACACAAUAAUGGCCUUAUAUUGAGUCAUGCCUACUCCAUUCUAGAGGCCGUUGAGAUGAAGGACGAGCACGACGGCGUGACUCAUUUGAUAAAAAUUAGGAACCCUUGGGGCCAAAGAUCUGGGGAUGGCCUUGGAGAAUGGCAUGGCCCUUGGGCAGAUGGUUCCAAAGAGUGGAAUCCUUACACAAUGAAGCAGCUUCGCCAUGAGUUUGGUGACAAUGGAACCUUCUGGAUGAUGUACGAUGAUAUACUGGAAAACUUCGAGUAUAUCUAUCGGACUCGUCUCUUCAACAGCCGGUGGAAUAUGGUUCAGAAAUGGAUGAGCGUCCAAGUGCCAUGGCUACCCGGUUUCCUUAAGAAAAGAUUCAUUAUCGAGAUCAAGGAGAAAAGUACGGUGGUGGUUACUUUGUCGCAGCUGGACGAUCGGUAUUUUCACGGCCUUCAAGGGCAAUAUGACUUUACUCUCCACUUCCUAUUAAGAGCAGUUACCUCCCAGAAAAAGCUUUGCCAAGUUUCUCCAACCAACCAUGGCGACAGACGAUCAGUCAGUUGCGAAAUGGUGCUUGAGCCGGGGAUUUAUGAAGCCAUUCCAAAGAUUCUUGCCGAGGCGAGUGAACUUCCUUGCGUGGAGGAGAUGAUCAAGUUGGCCGAAGGCAAGAACCCUCAAAAGUUGCGCCAAAUAGGUUUGAGACAUGACCUUAGCCAUGCUAAGGAGGGGAUUAUAAGCGAAGAUAACCCCCCUGAGAAGCACGGGAACGAAAGAGCGAGGGAUUCAAAGAAAAGACGGGAGCAGCAAGAAAUACAAGAAAGCGAAGUGAUAAAGCAGGUAAGCUAG